UUUGUCCAUCAGGAUGGCAGAUCAGCAUUACAUAUCGCCGCAGCUCACUCCAAAGACGAGAUCGUCAAACUUCUGGCAAGAAAGACCGAUCCCAAUUUACCAGGAGGGCCCAACGAUCAGCUGCCCCUGCACUACGCAGCGUCUCGACCCACCGGUGGACUCGCCAUCGUCCAAACCUUGCUCAAGUUCAGCUGCAAAGACGCUCGAAUUACUCCAGACAAGGACAGCUGCCUGCCGCUGCUGCUAGCGGUCGAAGCCGGUAAUGUUGGAAUAGUACGGGAACUCCUCACCGGGCAAUCCGAACCGCAGCUCCGAGCCGUGAAAAUAGGCAACGGCGACACGGCGCUUCACAUCUGCUGUAGACGGAAAGAUGUGGAGAUGGCCAAAGUCCUAGUGGAGUUUGGGGCGAAUCCGGACUCUCAGAAUAACGACUGGCAGACUCCUCUACACAUCGCCGCUUUAGAAGCAGACGAGAACAUGCUGAAGUUCUUAUACCACUGUAAAGCCAAUCCCAACAUUUUAGACAAGAUGGACAGAUCUCCGCUUCACAUCGCGGCUGAGCAGGGCCACACCAAUGUAGUCGAGAUCCUCACCGAGAAAUUCAAGUCAUGUGUGUUAGCAAGGACCAAGGAUGGAAGCACGCUGUUGCAUAUCGCAUCCCAGUGUGGUCACCCUGGGACGGCCCUCACGUUCCUGAGGAAAGGCGUUCCACUGCACAUGCCAAACAAGUCAGGAGCGGUGUGUUUGCACGCGGCGGCUAAGAGAGGCCACACGGCUGUAGUGAAAGCUUUGCUCCAGAAGGGGGCGCAUGUGGACGCAACCACUAAAGACGGCCAGACGGCUUUGCACAUCGCAGUGGAGAACUGCAAGCCGCAGGUGGUGCAGAUGUUACUGGGAUUCGGGGCACACGUGCAGCUCAGAGGAGGAAAGGGGCAGGAAACCCCUCUGCAUAUCGCAGCAAGAGUAAAAGAAGGUGAACGGGUGGCUCAGAUGCUCCUGAAGAGUGGCGCGGAAGUGAACGCAGAGCAGGAGAACGGGGAAACCGCUAUGCACGUGGCCGCCCGUUACGGCGCUCUACAGAUGAUACAAGCUCUGGCACAGGAGGGAGGAGACGUCACCUGGACAUCUAAGGUUGGAGAAAAUCCCCUUCACGUUGCCGUGCGUCACUGUCACGCCCGUGUGGUGGAGGAGAUUUUAAACUAUCUGACUCAUGAGAGAAGCCACCAGGAGGCGGAGCUUUGUGUCCGUCAGGAGAACAAGAACGGCGAGACGCCGCUGCAUCUGGCGGCUGAGCUCAGGAGAGACGCGGCGCAUCAGACGGACGAGGACAUCCACAUCAUCAGGAUACUGAUGGAGCAUCAUGCUGACAUCACAGCAGUCACCAGACAGAGUGGAGAGACGCCUCUACAUUACAGCGCCAGGGUGGGAAACACCGCUGUACUUCAGGAGAUGCUCAGUGACGUCUCCACCAACCAGCUCCAAACAACCAUUAACAAACACUCGAAGAACGGCUGGUCUCCAUUGCUCUUGGCAGCAGAACAAGGUCACACAGAGGUCGUCAGGGUUCUACUGCACAAUAAUGCCAGAGUGGACGUGUUUGAUGAGGAAGGGAAAGCCGCCAUCCAUCUGGCUGCAGAACAGGGUCAUCAAGACAUCGUUGACAUCCUGCUGUCUCAUAAGUCCUUUGUGAAUGCUAAGACCAAACUGGGUCUGACACCGCUGCACCUGAGUGCUCAGAGCGGGACGUCCCGACUCGUCAGACUGCUGGUGGAGACCCAUCAGGCCAGCAUUGAUGCUCUCUCUCUGAGAAAACAGACCCCUCUGCACUUAGCGGCCAUCAGCGGACAGCUCGACGUUUGCAACAGCCUGUUAAACUUGAACGCUGACAUCACUGCCACAGAUAUCCACGGUCAGACACCUCUUCAUCUGGCAGCUGAGAAUGAUCACUCGGAGGUGGUGAAGUUGUUUCUGAGGCACAGACCAGAGUUAGCCACUCUAGCUAACAUGGAGGGCUCGACUUGCACACACAUCGCAGCGGCUAAAGGCAGUGUGGCCGUCGUUAAAGAAUUGCUCAAGUUUAAUCAAAGAGGACUUCUCACCAUUAACAACAAGGCUAACGGCUUGUGUCCACUGCAUUUGGCUGCUGCUGGAGGUCAUACGGAGGUGGUGAAAGUUCUUCUGGAGGCCGGAGCUUCAGUGACAUUGGAGGACGUAGAGGGAAUGACCGCCGUACACUUGGCUGCCAAGAAUGGACACACACAUAUUCUGGAGGUGCUCAAAGCCAGCGUUUCGCUCAAGAUUCAAAGCUCAAAGACAGGGUUAUCAGCUCUGCACGUGGCAGCGUGUUUCGGUCAGGUGGACUUUGUGAGAGAAAUCCUGACUAAAGUUCCCGCUACGAUCCGCAGUGAAUUUCCCGCUAACUGCAGCAGUAGCGGCGGCAAAGACGACGUGAUGCGUCAACAGCCAUUAACUGAGUCAGGUUACACUCCUCUACACCUGGCGGCUCAGUCGGGUCAUGAGAACGUGGUUCGGUUGUUGUUGAAUUCUCCUGGAGUUCAGGCUGAUACGGAAACAGACAUACAGGGCUCCACCCCUCUCCACCUUGCGGCUCAGAGCGGACACACGGCUGUGGUUGGUCUACUGCUCAGCAGGUCUGGAUCUCUGCUGCACCUGACGGACAGACGCGGCUGUACCUGUCUUCACUUGGCCGCCGCACACGGACAUGUGUCCAUGCUGAGGGUUCUGCUGGGACAGGGAGCCGAAAUUAACCAUACAGAUAAGAGUGGCUGGACUCCACUGCACUAUGCUGCUAAAGCGGGCUGUCUUGAGGUCGUGUCGUUCCUGGUGGAAAGCGGCGCUUCACCGUGUGUGGAGUGUCAUGCUGGACAGACCCCAAUGCAAUACGCUGCUCAGGAGAACCACGAGUCCACCGCCAUAUUCCUGCUCAGAAGAGAGAAGAACACGCUACGUCUACUGGAAGACAAGAAGUUUGUUUUCAAUCUGAUGGUGUGCGGGCAGAUGAAUGAUAAUCUUGCUCUGGAAGAGUUUGUCCUGCACUCUGCCGCUCCACUGGAUACAGCUGUCCGUCUUUCACGAGCUCUGACUCUGGCCGCACUUAGAGAGAAGGAGCGUUCAGUCGACCUGCACGCCGCUGCUCGUCACUGUGAGGUCAUGGCCUCUGACCUCUUAACUCUAGCUGCCUUGGCAGGGGGUCUCGGUGCAGGUCCAGUCCUCCGGGCUGUGGACCGUCGAGGUGCCAGUGUGCUGGACUGCCUAAUCGAGGGAAGACAGAAAGGUGUGGUGUCUCACCCAGCAGUACAGAAGUACCUGACGGAUGUGUGGUAUGGAAGCUUACAAUGGGACACGUGGAAGAUUCUUCUGUUGUUCUUCUGCUUGCUUCUCUGUCCUCCUCUGUGGCUCGCCCUCUCACUGCCACUGAGACACAGCUUCAACACCAUCCCCAUUGUGAAGUUCAUGAGUCAUCUGGUGUCGCACGUCUUCCUAUUGGCCCUCUUCAUCUUGACGAUCGUUUACCCACCCAUAAGCCCGCUCUCCGAAGGCCGUCUCGUGCCCAGCUGGUCUGAAUGUCUAUUGCUGAUCUGGCUGUGUGGAAUGCUGGUAUCUGAACUGACCUUCCCAGGUGAACGCACUGGUUUAGCAUGGAUUCGACUGCUCCUACUAGGGUUUUCCGCUGCUGCGCUGCUCUGCCACGUCAUGGCUGUCUUCACCCAGUGGUGGCCACCGGCUCAUCUUCACUGCCUGUUUGCCCGGAACGUCCUCCUUGCCGUUGCAAUGACGUUGGGAUUUAUACAACUUCUGGAAUUCUUGACGUUCCAUCACUUGUUCGGCCCGUGGGCCAUCAUUAUACGAGACUUGAUAAAAGAUCUGUGCCGUUUCGCUGUCAUCCUUAUGCUAUUCCAUACGGCUUUCACGUUGAGUCUCACAGCCUUAUGCCAACCUCUAUAUCCACCAGAAAUUCUUCAGGAUUCAAACAGUACAGUCAAUGCUACAGAAGUCACUGUGCCUGGCCCUUUAAAUAUGUCUGUGCUUCUGUUCUUUGCAUUGUUUGGUUUGACCGAACCGGAUAAAAUUCCCGAUGUGGAAAGGUCACCUCCGGCGACAGCUAUUUUGGCUAAAAUGGUUUUUGGUGUAUAUCUGGUGGUGACUUUUAUUGUGUUGAUCAACUUGCUCAUUGCCAUGAUGAGUGACACUUACCAGCGCAUCCAGGCCCAGUCCGACACGGAGUGGAAGUUCGGCCGUGCCAUUCUGAUUCGAGAUAUUAGCAGCAAGUCUGGAAUUCCGUCUCCGUUAAAUCUUUUCACCAAUCUGUUCUACUAUGUCAAGUUCCUGUGCAAACGUGGAGGUAAGAUGUGCUCAGGUGAUGGUGAUGAUCUGAUGAAUGCAGACAUUAAUGCUGAAGGCCUGUCUGAUUCUCGCUCACUUGAUCUGCUUGCCCAAACAUCCGUCAGUUGGGUCAAAGAAAAUAAGAGAGCACAGAUUCUCCCUGAGGAUGGUCAGAUUACACUGUCCAGGACUGGCGGACAGUUGCGCGUGGAGAAUGUUGUUGAUUGGCCGUCAGUGGUCCAGCAGUUCUUAACUCGGCAUCGCCAGAGAGACAGAUCCCCAUCUGAGACGAAUGACCAUCCUCUUCAUCGUGACAGAUGAGUUUGCACUGACUAUUAGCAUCACUCUCACACCUGAGCCCAGAUCCACCUCCACUUCCUGUCUAAUGCAGUAGCAUUAGCUUUAGCUUGUCUGCAACCUUCGUCUAUUUCUCAUAUUCACUGCUCACUAGUCACUUUAAUGAAAGAUGUCGUUUUAAAGCUCAUAAUUAGUGUGUUUGUGUUGUGAUGUCACCUCAGUCAAAUCAGAAUUGUGUCAUUCUAUUGCAUUUUUCCAUGUGGGAAGUUGGAAAUUCGUUGAGUUCAAUGGAAUGUUGCAUUAUACAAUGAGAAAAAAUGCUAAAGCACUGCCACAAGGGUGUUUUACAGUAUUAAUAUUUGUUUAUUUUUUGUACUACCAGUGCCGCAGAAAUAUCAGUGUUAAUGAUAUGCAUGAAUAUCUAUAUUUUGUCUUUGUCCUUUUUUUAUCUAAUUUUAUUUCUACAGAACCUACAUGUAAAUGGCACUCAUGCAACAUAGAGUUAUACAAUAAUCUACUGUAUAUGCACCACAUGUUUAUUUAAAUGAUACUUUAAUAUGUGUUUUCAGGGGUCUGUUCUCUCAACUUUAUUUUGAAAUGUUGCGUUCACAUUGUGUCGAAAUUACAGUAGUAACUCUUCUUAUUCUACUCAUAGCACCAUAAUGCGUGGCUUUGUUGGUAAUGACAGCAAAAUAAUUCAUCAUGACCUUAAUUCAUCUCUGUACACUCUCACAAAUAUUUAAAGAACAAAGAACGGACUGAAUAUUGGCUGAAAUAGUCGUUGCUACCAAAUUAUUUUGUAAUGCCCAAUUCCCAAUGCGCUCCAAGUCCUCGUGGUGGCGUAGUGACUCGCCUCAAUCCGGGUGGCGGAGGACGAAUCUCAGUUGCCUCCACCUCUGAGUGGUGGUGGUGUAGUGGUCUAAGCACAUAACUGGUAAACUGGUAAUCAGAAGGUUGCUGGUUUGAUCCCCACAGUCACCACCAUUGUGUCCUUGAGCAAGGCACUUAACUCCAGGUUGCUCCGAGGGGAUUGUCCCUGUAAUAAGUGCACUGUAAGUCGCUUUGGAUAAAAGCGUCUGCCAAAUGCAUAAAUGUAAUGUAAAUGUCUGAGACCGGCAACCCGCGCAUCUUAUCACGUGACUUGUUGAGCGCGUUACCGCGGAGACGUAGCGCAUGUGGAGGCUUCACGCUAUUCUCCGCGGCAUCCACGCACAACUCACCACACGCCCCACUGAGAGCGAGAACCACAUUAUAGCGACCACGAGGAGGUUACCCCAUGUGACUCUAUUCUCCCUAGCAACCGGGCCAAUUUGGUUGCUUAGGAGACCCGGCUGGAGUUCGAACUCACGACUCCAGGUGUGGCAGUCAGCGUCAAUACUCGCCGAGCUACCCAGGUCCCCCAAAUUACAUUUAACUGUUGCACCAGAUUUGGUUGUUUUUUAAUCUGAAAUCGCAUCGUAUAAGGGGGUAAAUCAAAUCUUUAAUAAAACUCAGAGUUUCCAACUAGUGAUUACGCACUCCAUAAAAUGCAACCGUUACAGUCAGAAAAUCGCUGUAAUUCUGUCAAUAAUGUGAACGCAGCAAAAGUCACUCUGUUUUAUUAAAGCUGUAGUAUGUCAUUUCUGCGCCACUGAACGAAUCGCAAAAAUAAACGAUGUUUUCAAAACAGCUUUCCAAAUACGCCCCUCUUUUGCAGUUGUCAGAUAUUCCCGCCCCCAACUCACGCCAUUGGUCGAGUAACGUUUUUGGGGCGGGUCUAAGCUGCUCGCUCAAAACAAACAUGCAUUUUUAAACGCCACAGUGUUUACAGUUUUCGAUAAAUUAACCCAUGAACGACUUGCUUAUCGUUGUCUCUGCAUAUUAAACUGGGAUAGGAGAAAGUAUUGUAACACACAACGAAAUACACACUUCAGCUUUAAACCGUAUUAUUAUGAUGUCAACAAUCUCACAAAUGUUCCUAAAUCUGUUUGUGUCUCCACUUAUCCUGAAAACAGAAAUAAAAACAAUUGCA